CGGCAUUAAGCAGAAAGGAACCAACCAACAAAAUUGUAAUUUGUGAGAUUUAGUGAUGUCUGGUUUGUGAAUAGAAGAUUACGCAUUCAGCAAAAGGGAACCAACUCAAUAUUAGUAGUAAGCAUCGUAGAAAAUAAAAGAUAUUUUUCUGUGAAUGGCGAAUGAGACUUUUGAUUUCAGCAGUAAAGAACCAUCAUUGGCUCUUUUAUAAUAUUUUGAGAUGUUUUCAUUACUAUUUCAACAGAACAGAACCAACAGUAGUUGGUUCCACAUCUAAGGGAAGUGUGUGCAUUUGUAUUUUAGCAGAAAAGAACCAAGCCACCCUUGGAUCUGUUCAGCUGAUUUUGGUGUGUACGAGUAUUAAGAUUCACAAGGUGUUAUUGUUGUUGUUGUCAGUUGUAUUGGAAAAUGUCAAGAGGACAGUUCUUAGUGUCUCUAGCUAGGAAAAGCCUUGAAAAAGAAGAAGGUAAGACAUAUUUUCUUUACUAUUUUAGAUUACUAACUUUUGUUUUAGUCUAAAACAUGUUUUAGAAUAAUUGAGGUUAUGUUUAGGAUUGGUUGUAAUGGCAAGGUAUUUUGUUGAUGGACAACCCUGUUUCAUGUUUGGAUAAAAUAAAAUUAGCUUAAUAAAGAGGCAUUUGAAAUGUCAGUGAGUACUGAUGUUAUUGCAUGCAGCACAUUGGCAUAUUUCAAGUUAUUAAGUAGUGGCCAACAAUCAAUAUUUGGCAAGAAUGAAGGUUAUACAACUGAUAUGGGCCUAACUAAGAAUAUUGUAUAGGAGUGCAAACAAUGACCAUAUUACUCUCAGUAAAUAAAGUAUUGUAUAACAACAAUACAAACUGUAGUCUGAAAGUGAGACCAAUCCACCUUUGACACUACAACUGUUGCCGGUUCUACCAUUGAAUGGAGGCAGGCCCCAACUAUGCAUUUACCUUUAUAGUAGUUGUCAGAAAUAAAUCUAUCUUAAAGCUAAAGUUUAAAAUGUAUUAUUGUCCUAUUUCGUUGUAUUGAAUAACAACAAUGCAAACUGUUCAUUUUUAGCUAAAUAAAGAAAGAUUUUGCUUACACAAAUAUUUAAUUUAUAUAGGCCUGAUCAGUUGAUUUUUUCAGGAAGCGCUGAUGUAAAUUCUCUAAGCCACAAUUUUUCUGCUGAGUUACCAAUAAUACGUAUGCAGUCUGAAAAUGAGAUCAACCCGCCUUUGAUUACUCUGUCAGACCUACCAGUUUUACCACCGAAUGAAGGUAACAAGGAUUUAUAUUAAUUGUCAGAAAUAAAUCCAUCAUUGUAAUUCAUAUUUUGAAAUGUAUAUUGUAUUUUUGUUUAAUUGAAUAACACCAAUGCAAAUAGUAUUGUUGGUUUUUUUAGUUGAAUAAAUGUAAAAAUUUUUCAUACUGAAAAAUUUAAUUUGCUAGGCCUACAAAUUAAAAGAAAGAUUUUGCUUACACAAAUAUUUAAUUUAUAUAGGCCUGAUCAGUUGAUUUUUUCAGGAAGCGCUGAUGUAAAUUCUCUAAGCCACAAUUUUUCUGCUGAGUUACCAAUAAUACGUAUGCAGUCUGAAAAUGAGAUCAACCCGCCUUUGAUUACUCUGUCAGACCUACCAGUUUUACCACCGAAUGAAGAUACUGCUGAUGUAUAUUCCCUGGACCAGAGUCUUUCCACUGAGCUGCCAAGUCUACAAUCUGAAAAUGAGACCAGCCCACCUUUGAUAACACUGUUACCAGUUUUACCAUCGAAUGAAGAAACUGCUGAUUUAAAUUCACUGGACAUGAAUCUUUCCAAUGAGCUACCAAGUGUAGAGUCUGGAUAUGAGAUCAGCCUACCUUUGAUUACUCUGUCAGGCCUACCAGUUUUACCACCAAUUGAAGGAGAAGAAAUCAAUAAGGACCCAUCUACAUCAGUGUACGACUCAUCUCUGGUGGUGUACGAGGAAAUUUGCCCUGAUACCAACAUGACUAGUCAAGAGUGCUACAUUGUGGUAUGUGCAGAUGAGAUGAAUCCUGAAAAUUCAGCUGUGCCAUCACAGAAUAUUGUGUCAGAGGGAAUAGAAGUUGAGAUGUCAAACCAAAUGAUUGACCAUGAUUUAGAAGUGGAUGUUGAAGGUAAUAAUGUUUCACAACAUGAUCCUGAUUGGCUUCCUCCUUCUGAUCACAGUGAUUCUAGAGAGGAGUGGCCAGGUGAAACCAAUCCUGAUGAGACUAUUGAAGGCGAUGUAGUACAAAAUAACUUGCAAGAAAGAAAAAGAAGAGGAAGAAAGAGAAAAAUAGAAAGUCAAACUAAAGAAAUUGCUAAGAAGAAAAGAAAUAGCAAUGAUAAAUAUUUUGAUUAUAAAGGGAAAUUGGUUGAAUCCAGGCAAUUCAUAAAUUUCAGAUGCAACUGUAUAAAAAAAUGUCAUGAGCUUGUCUCAGAAGAUUUAAGAAAAUCUGAAUUUGAUAAAUUCUGGAACCUGGGAGACUAUAACUCUCAAAAUAUGUUUAUUGCAGCAUGUGUAAAAGAGAUCCAGAAAAAACGACAGUACACAAACAAAAACUCAAAGAGAAACUAUUCAAGAGUAUAUAAUAUAAGAUCAAUUCCAGUUUGUCGUGAACAGUUCAUAGAAACUUUUAGAAUUUCUACUAAGAGGGUUAACACUGCUCUGUGUAAAUUAAGAUCUGAUGACCUUGGUGAUCGGCGUGGAAAGGAACAGGGAGGUAAAAACAAGAUUAGUGAUGUUAGAAUAGAAGAAGUCAAAACUCAAAUCAAUAAAAUACCAAAGUAUGUGUCCCACUACAAACGAGCAGAGAACAACAAUGAAUUCCUUCCUCCAGAAAUGACAUUACAAAAAAUGUUUGAUUUAUACACCGAAGAAAAAAUUGAAAGAAAUGGCGGAGAGUAUUUAAAAAAUAAAUGGAAAAAUGGAAGUGAAAAAGAAAAAAGGAAUAUUGAGGCAAAUGUAGACGCUGUAAGCUUUUCAUCAUACAGACGGAUCUUUUUGAAAUAUUUUAACUUAAAAUUUAAAGCGUUAAAAAGUGACACAUGCAAUACAUGUGACAAUUUUUCUGCAAGAAUUCAAUCUGCUACACCUUCUGAAAAGAAUGAAAUAGAAGAUGCUCAAAAUAAACAUAUAGCUCUGUGGAAAGAAGCAAGAGAAAAAAUGAAAGAAGAUGGUGAAGAAGCAAAAAGAAAUAAAGAAUUUGAAUGUUUAACGUUCGACUUAGAAAAAACUUUACCCCUACCGAGGAUCCCUACCAACCUCAUAUUUUACAAAAGGCAGUUAUGGGUGUAUAAUGCAGGAGUUCAUUCUUUCAAAAACAACACUGGAUACUGUUAUGUUUGGACUGAGGGAGAAGCGGGGAGAGGAGCACAAGAAAUUGGCUCUUGCCUAAUAAAACACAUAGAGUCCCAACUUGGGAAUGACAUCAAACAUUUAGUUCUUUGGAGUGAUUCAUGUGGAGGGCAGAAUAGGAAUAUAAAAAUUGUUCUUAUUAUGAAAUCAUGUUUGGAAAGUCAUCCCUCACUUGAAACUAUAAAACUAAAAUAUUUAAUACCAGGACAUAGCUUUCUCCCAAAUGACUCUGAUUUCUCUGACAUAGAGUCAGCAUUAAAGCAUGUUCAAAGACUGUAUCUCCCUGACGAUUAUGUCCAAGUCAUGAGAAGCUGCAGAAAGAAAAAACCAUUUUCUGUAACCAGAAUGGUACCAACUGACUUCAAAGGAACAUCAGUAUUGGAAAAGAAAAUUGUUAAUAGGAAGCAAACAGAUGAAGAAAAUCCUAAAAAGAUUAAUUGGCUGAAAAUAAGGGAAAUAUAUUUAAAAAAAGAAGAACCACUAAAACUGUUUUGUCGGAAUGAUUUUUACUCUGAAUAUGACAAAAUUGAUUUGGAAAAAAAAAGCAAAGAAAGGGAGACCCAAUAGUGGAAAUUUCAGUUUUAAGCAGUCCCUGCAACCUCUUUGGAUUCAUGGAAAGGAGAUUUCUGCUCCAAAAUUAAAGGAUAUAAAAUCAAUUCUACACCUCAUCCCAAACGAUGCUAAGGCCUUUUAUCAGUCUUUAAGUGGAAGCAGGGCAGUAGAGGAUGAUAUCGAUGGGUACAGUGCUCCUCUGGAUUUUGAUCUUGAAGAAAACAACUAGCCAACCUAAUCUGACACUUUUUUCCGUUUGUGUAAUAUAUUAAAUAAACUUCUGAAAUUUGAAUAAUAA